GGCCCCGCCGCCGGGAUGCCGAGGAGCCGGGGCGGCCGCGCCGCGCGGGGCCCGCCGCCGCCGCCGCCGCCGGGCCGGGCCCCGCGCUGGAACUGCUGGCGGGCCCCGGGGCGGCGGCUGCUGCUGCUGCUGCUGCUGCCCGCGCUCUGCUGCCUCCCAGGCGCCGCGCGGGCGGCGGUGGCGGCGGCGGGGGCCGGCGACCGGACGGCGGCGGUGGCGGCUGCGCGGGCGACCGAGGCGGAGGCGCCCUUCGCCGGGCAGAGCUGGUUGAAGUCGUACGGCUACCUGCUGCCCUAUGAUGCACGGGCGUCUGCACUGCACUCGGGGAAGGCCUUACAGUCAGCAGUCUCCACCAUGCAGCAGUUCUACGGGAUCCCAGUCACCGGCGUGCUGGAUCAGACAACAAUCGAGUGGAUGAAGAAACCCCGAUGUGGCGUUCCUGAUCACCCCCACUUGAGCCGUAGGCGGAGAAACAAGCGCUAUGCCCUGACUGGACAGAAGUGGAGGCAAAAGCACAUCACCUACAGCAUUCACAACUAUACCCCAAAGGUGGGCGAGCUAGACACACGGAAAGCUAUUCGCCAGGCCUUUGACGUGUGGCAGAAGGUGACCCCGCUGACCUUUGAAGAGGUGCCAUACCAUGAGAUCAAAAGUGACCGGAAGGAAGCAGACAUCAUGAUCUUCUUUGCUUCUGGUUUCCAUGGUGACAGCUCCCCAUUUGAUGGGGAAGGGGGAUUCUUGGCCCACGCCUACUUCCCUGGCCCAGGAAUCGGAGGAGAUACCCACUUUGACUCAGAUGAGCCGUGGACGCUAGGAAAUGCCAACCAUGAUGGGAAUGACCUCUUCCUGGUGGCUGUGCAUGAGCUGGGCCACGCACUGGGACUGGAGCACUCCAAUGACCCCAGUGCCAUCAUGGCACCCUUCUACCAGUACAUGGAGACGCACAACUUCAAGCUGCCCCAGGACGACCUGCAGGGCAUCCAGAAGAUCUAUGGACCUCCCGCCGAGCCUCUGGAGCCCACGAGGCCCCUCCCCACGCUCCCUGUCCGCAGGAUGCACUCCCCAUCCGAGAGGAAGCAUGAGCGCCAACCCAGGCCCCCUCGGCCCCCCCUGGGGGACCGGCCGUCCACGCCAGGCACCAAACCCAACAUCUGCGAUGGCAACUUCAACACAGUGGCCCUCUUCCGGGGCGAGAUGUUCGUGUUUAAGGAUCGCUGGUUCUGGCGCCUGCGCAAUAACCGGGUGCAGGAGGGCUACCCCAUGCAGAUUGAGCAGUUCUGGAAGGGCCUGCCUGCCCGCAUCGAUGCGGCCUACGAAAGGGCUGAUGGAAGAUUUGUCUUCUUCAAAGGUGACAAGUACUGGGUGUUUAAGGAGGUGACAGUGGAGCCCGGGUACCCACACAGCCUGGGGGAACUGGGCAGCUGCCUGCCCCGUGAAGGCAUUGACACAGCUCUGCGCUGGGAACCCGUGGGCAAGACCUACUUUUUCAAAGGCGAGCGGUACUGGCGCUACAGCGAGGAGCGGCGGGCCACAGACCCUGGCUACCCGAAGCCUAUCACUGUGUGGAAGGGCAUCCCACAGGCUCCCCAAGGGGCCUUCAUCAGCAAAGAAGGAUAUUACACCUACUUCUACAAGGGCCGGGACUACUGGAAGUUUGACAACCAGAAACUAAGCGUGGAACCAGGCUACCCACGCAACAUCCUGCGUGACUGGAUGGGCUGCAACCAGAAGGAGGUGGAGCGGCGAAAGGAGCGGCGGCUGCCCCAGGAUGACGUGGACAUCAUGGUGACCAUCAACGACAUGCCGGGCUCCGUGAACGCGGUGGCAGUGGUCAUCCCUUGCAUCCUGUCCCUCUGCAUCCUGGUGCUGGUCUAUACCAUCUUCCAGUUCAAGAACAAGGCAGGCCCUCAGCCUGUCACCUACUAUAAGCGGCCAGUUCAGGAGUGGGUAUGAGCAGCCCAGAGCCCUCACUGUCCACUGGGUCUGGCCAUCCAGGCCCCUCCUCACCAGGGUCUGAGGGGCAGCUCUGGCUGCUGCCCACUGGGGCCUGCAGGGCCCGGGUCAUACAGCUGAAGCAGUGGGUGUGCUGGCCUAGGCUGAGUGUGGGGCUGGGAGUGAUGGGGGCUGUGCCCCAGGGCAGGCUUUCUGUCCUGGGUAGACAACCCUCUACUCGAGGGAACAGGCCAGGUCCCCUCAGGAAGCAGGGACCAUGCCAGGAGGAGCUCUGUGGUCACUGCAUCCUGUGGUGUCCAGGAGGCACCACAGCUCCCUUCCUGACUGGGACCCAGCACCCUCUGUGGGAAGCCAGCACUAGCUCUCAUCCCCCAACUGGGAGAUGCCACCUGUCCCGGUCCCCUUUUGCCAACACCUGCUGGUCAGAUGUCCCCCACACCCACCCUACUGUCCUCCAAGGCUACAAGACCCCUGCUGCCGAUACAGUGGGCACCGAACCUGGGUUUCCCUUGCUGGCAAACAGCAGAUCCCUCAGGAAACCUGCUCCACUUGCCAGGGUCUCCUCCGAGACCCAGGAUUGAGGGUCACGUGCUGCAGGCAGAGCUGUGGCCCAGCUGGAUCUCACAGGGACCCAGCUGUCAUGUCGUGAAUAUUUAAAUGUCCUGUCACUACUAUUUAAAGUCCCAUUUUGCAAAGGUUGCUUGAGGCUUUAGGUGAGUUAAGAGAGGACUGUCUUGGUGAUGAGGCCGGCAUGGCGGCCCUCCCCCAGGCCAUCAGGAACAAGGUGCUGCUAAGGCCAUUCUAGCACCCAGACACCCAGUAGCUGGGGCCCCAUGCAUGGGGCUAAAGAGCUGGGACAGGCGCCGACCCUAUUUCUACACACCGGUCCAAGUUUGCGGCUGCCCUCUUUUCAUUAUCCCUGUCCCUCUUCCACCCCCAGCCCUGCUCCAGCCUAUCACUUGGGGCCUCAGGGCCUAGCCUGAGUAGUUAGGCGGAGCAGAAACGGCCCCAGGGCCAACGCUGUUGGGACCCAGCCAACAAGCUGCAGUAAGGGACCCAGGGCAGCCUUCUGAAAUGCUCAGCGCCCAGACUCCUAGCUACCUGGAGGCCACUCACUCAGCCCAGAAGCAGUGUUCACACCCUGAGCUUGGCCCUUGCAACCCAGCUCACUGGGCCCGUCUUCCCACACUGCUCUUAGGAAAAGGGCACCCCAGGCCCAGGGGCCUUCUCGUUUGACCUUCUGAGGCCCGCGCUUCACUUCCAGCAGGAGUCCUAGAGCUCAGCUUGCCCUACUCCAGUCCAGCAGAGGCCAGCACUAAGGAGCUGCCACUAAGGAGCCCCAAGCAAGACCAGUGGGCUUAGUGGUGCCCGCUGGCUCUCUGCCAAAGCCAAAAAAGAGGUGUCAAGCAGCCUUCAGGGUGCCGACAGGGUCUCAGAUGCCACCCUCGCCCUCUGAGCCUGCACGGACCUGACCCCCACCCUGUGGCCUCUGGGCUUUGGGGUGGCUUACCCUGUAGCAUAGACAGGGACUCCUGCUGCCCUGGGAGCUGUCUCGAGAAAAAUCUCUUGUCUCAGAGGCACCUGUGUGGGUCCACUGUGCCCCGUCAUUGUCAUCCUGUUCUUUCUCAUUUUGGCCAAGGGCAGGCUCCCUGGGGCAGGCGGGGAACAACUGCGGAGAUAUUAGUGACCCAUAGGUUUGUAUAGUGUUUUAUACUUUGCGAAGCACUUUAUUAGCUCACACCUGUCCACUCACAUAAACUCAUGCAGGCCCUGGGAGGCCAAGGGUAACUCUCACCGUGCCCUCAGAUGAAGCACAGAGAGACUCUGUCCCUCGCCCAGGCCACCCAGUAGGCCGGCUGGGUCUCUGUCCCCCUCCGUGGACCUUCUAGGGUCUGAGAUGCGCUGAGAAGUUUAUCUCCUCCGUCCAUCUCUCCUGGCCUCCUUGCUCCCUCUCUGGCCCUCUCCACUCCUCAGGUUGGUGCUCUCACUUCUGGAAAGCUCUAGGUGCCCCCAGGCUCCCCGCUGGCUCCUGGCACCACCUAGGCCAGCUGAGAAAGAGCAGAUGGAGGGCGGCAGCCCAGGCUGCAGAUGUCUGAGGGACACAGGGCCAGGCCCGGAGAGGGCUCAGCCUAGAGGCUUCCCAUCUCGGAUUCUCCUGCCUGUGGUCAUCUGUGUGUCCAUCACCCCAGGACAGGGCAGUCAGACAGAGGGGUAAAGCACGAAGGGCCCAGAGCCCAGCUUCCCCUCAGCCUGGGGAACAUCACAGCAUUCCAGUGUCGGUCACAUUUUAAACUGAUCAGCCUUUGUAUAAUGUUUUUUAAAUCAUUUCUAAAUAAAACAGAAAUACAGA